UCCUGGUCUUGUUUCUUGUUUCUUGUUUCUUGUCUGCCUCUCAACGCUAUCUCCUUUGCUUCUCCAGGGUUUAUCCCCUCCUCCUCCCAGGCCGGUGGGCUGCGUUGAUCGUCCAGGCCCUUUCUCCAUCAACUUCAAAUUCGGUCGUCUCUCCACUCCGUUUCACUACUCUCGAUCUCACGUCUCCGUCGCUUCUAAUCUCCUUAGUCCGAGAUAACAGUCGCUCUUGACAAUGGAUUCGCCCAACCCCACCAACAACGCCAACGCCCGUCCAACCCGACCCGUGUUGCGACAGACCCUGUCCAGCGGUUCCUUCAUCCAGGAUCACCAGCAGUACAAGCCUUCUGUACCUAUCCAGACUAUUGGAAAUGUGAUCGGAAAUGCCCCCGAGUCCUCCUUGGCUACCUUGUCCCGCAAGGCGAAUCCGAUCAGUCCGGAUCCCGAGAAGGUGACUGAGAGCGGCAUCAUCCACAGCAUCUUCCACUCCCACGCAAACCCUCUUCACACCGGAACUCAGCAACUGGUUGCGACCAUUUUCUACAAGUCUGCUGAUCCGGUUCACCCUCAUCUGCAUCCCGACUCUUCCCCUCAUGCGAAGCCUGGGGAUACCUUGCCGUCGCCUACUGUCCCCGUCGGUUCCGCCCCGACUAUCGAUAUCGAGAAACUCCCGCGGGAGCCUCCUGCGCCGGAACCAGAGCCGUUAGACCACUUGUACGGUCCGUUCGUCUCGCAAUUAUGCCUGACCAACUUCCUCCAAAUUAUCGAAUCCCUCCCAACCCCCUACCAGCGCAUGAACACUUCCCACCGCUGCUUGGAGGCGAAUGAGCACCCUCGGGUAGUGGAAGUCACUUUCUCCCCGCCUCCUAACCCAGAAUACCUGACCUUUGAGGAUCUUCGCAAACAUGAGAGCAUCUGGCGAUUCGAGCGGGAAUGGAAUGUUGAGGUGGUGCUCCAGCGGGAAAGUGUUUUCCGCCGUCACAAGCGUCUGUUCGUCUUUGACAUGGACAGCACGUUGAUUCAGAAUGAAGUCAUUGAUGAGAUUGCAAAGUUCAUCGGUGUUGAGAAGCAAGUUUCGGAAAUCACCGCCCGUGCUAUGAACGGUGAACUGGAUUUCUCUGCGUCCCUAAAGGAGCGGGUCUCUCUGCUGAAGGGUGUUCCGGCAGAUGUCUUUGAGAAGCUGAAGUCGGUCAUCACCAUCGCUCCUGGUGCACGCGAACUUUGCAAGGCUCUGAAGACCCUCGGCUGCAAAAUGGCAGUUCUGAGCGGAGGUUUCCAGCCUCUCGCGGAGUGGCUUGCCGGUGAGCUCGGCCUUGACUAUGCUCAUGCCAACCAUCUUGAAAUUGACCCCACCACGCAAACUUUGACCGGCAAGCUGGUGCCAUCAUACCCGAUCAUCGAUGCGGCCCAGAAACGCUCGCUGUUGCACUCCAUUGCGGAGCUCCACGGAAUUCCCAUUUCCCAGACCGUGGCUGUAGGCGACGGGGCGAAUGACCUCCUGAUGCUUCACGCGGCAGGACUUGGAGUCGCCUGGCGCGCCAAGAGCAAGGUCCAGCUUGAGGCACCCACGCGUCUCAAUGGCGAGAGCCUUGUAGACAUUCUUUACCUGCUUGGCCUGACCCGGGACGAUGUCAAGGAGUUGAUUGUAUAGUUCGGUUACGACCCAAGGCCUGGAGUCUGUAAACACGGUUCAUAAUCGAACGAUCGACAGCCCUUAUUUCCCAUGACUGGCCCGGCAAGGAAUACCCUUCCACAUCAUCUCGGUUGAGUCCUCUCUUGAUUAUCUUUCCGUACCUUUUCUUUAGCGCCAGACUCGGAUUGCAAAUAGCAAAGCAACCGGGUCCCUAUGGUGAUGCAGUUGUCAAGCCCGAUCUUGAAAGUCAUGAAUUAGAACGAGAACGAGUUAAGAUUGAUUACAUGUGAGUGUCGGAGUGGAUCAGGGAGCCAACGGGCGGGUACAUACUAGACUGCACGAGGCUGCAGCGCACCAGAUAGUUGGUUUUCAAGCCAAUCUAUAUCAUUAUGCGAGCCAUAAUGUUUGGUUGAUACUCUGUUGAUACAUGAAUACGCGGAUAUUCCCCAUUGAAAUGAAGAUACAUGUUG